GCCGUGACGUCCUGCUCUUCCAAUGACCUUCAGGUUCCGAGGCGGCGUCGGCAAGCGGAAGGCCUGUCUGCCUGGGCGUGGACUGGUCGCGUAUUGAGGCUGCCUCGCUUCCCUCUGUCCCUCUUCCCCGAAGCCGCCGCUCUCCCCGCAGAGUUUCGCUGUCUACUCGUGGGUCCGCCAGCGCUUGCCAUGCCGCGUGGAAGCCGAAGCCGCACCUCCCGCAUGGCGCCUCCAGCCAGCCGGGCACCUCAGAUGAGAACUGCACCCAGGCCAGCACCAGUGGCCCAGCCGCCAGCAGCGGUCCCACCAUCUGCAGUUGGCUCACCUGCUGCUGCACCCCGGCAGCCAGGUCUGAUGGCCCAGAUGGCAACCACUGCAGCUGGCGUGGCUGUGGGCUCUGCUGUUGGGCACACACUGGGCCAUGCCAUCACUGGGGGCUUCAGUGGAGGAAAUAAUGCUGAGCCCUCAAGGCCUGACAUCACUUAUCAGGAGCCUCAGGGAGCCCGACCAGCGCAGCAGCAGCAGUUAGAACCGUGCUUCUAUGAGAUAAAGCAGUUUUUGGAGUGCGCCCAGAACCAGGGUGACAUUAAGCUCUGUGAGGGUUUCAGUGAGGUGCUGAAACAGUGCAGACUUGCAAAUGGAUUAGCCUAAUCAAGAAGUUCAAAUUGAAGAAAUGGAAAAUCGACUCUCAUGACCAAGUUAAUUUAGCAUAAACAUAUAAUCGAUAGUGCAAGUUUAAAAUGUAAAAUCAUCAGUUAAAGCUCUUCUCUGUUAUGAAUAGCUUCCUUUCUUUGUAAUUGCAAUGGAAGAGGGUGUUCUUACUAUAUAGAAGUUCACUCAGAUGGUACAGAGUUUGAGGUUGGGAAAAUGUUUGUGUGUCCUCAAACCAGCUGUGUGAUAUUAUUGUUUAUGAGUUAAUCAGAAUAAAGUAAUUUUCUUCCAA